AUGCCUCCCGUUCCUAAAUACAAACACCUAUCCGGCCAUCAAAAACGUAAGAGGAAGAAGCUAGAGGAAGAGAAAAGAAAGGAGGACGAAGUAAAACAAAACCGAAUACACAAGUUUUUUUCAAAAGAAACUCAAAGUUCUAGUUCUAACUUGGGUGAUGAUAAUGUGGGUGAAGACAAUGUUAAUGCUACCGUAGAUGAAGAAGCUAAUGUGGGCAAAGACAAUAUGAACGUAGAUGUAGACAACAUGAAUGCAGGUGAAGAUAAUGUUAAUCCCGUUCCGGAUAUUGAUAUUUUUGAUCCUAGAAAUUGGGGUGGGCUUAGUAAUGACAUGAUUAAAGAGUUGGUUAUGAAAGGUCCAAAAAGAGAUAGGGAUGUUGUUAAGGGCCCCGUGGAUAAAUUUGGAAGACAUUUUUCUAAUACCAUAACGGGGCAUCCGAAAGGUGGGUUGGAUGAUGAAGGUUAUAACGAUUGGAUACAUGCCAGUGGUAGACUUAAACAACAUGAAGUUGGUUUAGAACAUUUCAAGAAUAUGAAUGAAUGGUUUGAAUUGCACCAACGGUUGAAAUGCAAUGAAACAAUUGACAAAUCGGCAUAUGAGCAAUUUAGAAAAGAAAAAGAUUAUUGGAAACAAGUCAUCUUAAGGAUUGUUGCACUUGUGAAGUUUCUUGCAAAAUAUGGCUUAGCAUUUCGUGGGUCAAAUGAGAAGUUGUAUCAAAAAGGCAAUGGAAACUUUUUGGGUUUGGUUGAGAUGUUGGAAGAGUUUGACCCGAUUAUGAAAGAACAUGUGCGCCGAGUUUUGAAUGAUGAGUGCCAUGUACACUUUCUUAGCCACAAUAUUCAAAACGAGUUGAUACAAUUAUUAGGGGAUAAAGUUAGAACCGAAAUCAUCAAGAAGGUUAAGCAAGCAAAGUAUUACUCCAUCAUCCUCGAUUGCACGCCUGAUACAAGUCACCAAGAGCAAAUGUCCAUAAUUGUAAGGUGGCAAAUUUUGAAAGACAAUGUUAAAGGAUUAACUCUUAAAUCAUUGUCUAAGACUCGUUGGGAAAGUCGUAUAGAUAGUAUGAAGCCUAUAAGAACUCAACUUGGAGAUGUAAGAAAGGCUUUGCGAGAAGUUAGGGGGACGGAUAGAGAUGCUAAAAUCAUAAGUGAAGCUAAAUCAUUAGAAGAGUAUGAACUUGGUGAUUUUGAAUUUUUGGCACAAAUUGUCAUUUGGUUUGAAUUAUUAUCAAAGGUGAAUGUGGUGAGCAAACGGUUGCAAGCAAAAGAUGUUGUCCUUGAUGCUGCUAUUGAUGAAGUAGACAAAUUAAUUAAAUUCUUUAAGAAUUAUAGAGAAGUGGGGUUCUCUAAGGCACUUGAUGAAGCUAGAGAAAUUGCAAAUGAAAUAGGUGUAAAUGCGGAAUUUCGUCAAAAACGUGUGAUAUAUAGGAAAAAACAAUUUGAUGAAUCGUCAAGCGUAGAAGAAGUAACAUUUUCACCCGAGGAGGAUUUUCGAUUGAAGACUGUUGAUGAAGCCAAGCUUAAGGAGUGCUGUUAUCGCCUUGAAGAUGCAUUGAAGUAUGAAGGAGAAUCGGAUAUUGAUGCUAAAGAAUUGUAUACGGAGUUGAAGUUGAUUACUACAUUUUUAUCGAGACACAUUGACAACCCUUUUGACCGGAAAGAAGUUUCUCAAAGUUGA